UUGAGCUGUUGAGGUUAGCUUUGUUCAAAGGUACUUUGGAAACUGUUUCCAUGGCCUUGUAUUUAUUUAAAUGCAUCCUCCCAAACCUCAGUAUCUUCAUCUACAAAAUGAAAAUAACCACCAGGACUUCGUGCUUUCAAAGCAUGUAGAAUAUACAGCAGGUGAAGAGAGACAUUUGUGAUCGUCAGUAUCAUCAUUCAUUGAUGAACCCAGUUGCCGUUGGAAGUACAGCAAACAAGAUUCAAACCGGCUUAAACAAUAAGAAAGGUUAUUGGCUCAUGAAACCUGUAAUUGAGGAGUAGGGUAGACUUCAGGGUCAGUUCAAACCAGUGGAUCAAUAUUGAACUCAGCUUUUCUUUCCAUUCUGCUACCCAUAGGUUAGCCUCAUUCCAAGGCUUUAGGAUUGGGGCUCCAUGCUUUCUUGCUCAUAGUUAGGGAAAAGAGAGAGAUUAAGAAUUAGGAUCUGGCUUCCUGGGCUGUAUUAGCAACAUUCCUCUCCAUUCAAAUUAGCCUUCAUGCCCAGUUUUGAACCAAUCACUGUGAUAGGCUAUUAAGAAUUGUCUGAUGGCUUAGAUCAUUCUCAACCCCUGAAUUAUUGACAUUUGGGGCUGGAUAGUUCUUCAUUGUUGGGGGGAGCUGUCCUGUGCAUUGUAGUACCCCAAUGUCUACCUGCUUGAUGUCAACAGCACCCAUCCUCCAGUUGUAGCAACCAAAGAUGUCUCCAGACAUUGCCAAAAGUCCGCUGGGGGGCAAAAUCACCUUCAAUUGAGAACCACUAGCUUAGACACAUCAAGUCUCACCCCUGCAAGGGGCCAGCUCCCCCCACACUCAUUGCUGAAUGAGGGAGGAGCAGAGAGCCACUGAAAACAUGGGAAGUAUUAGGAAGUAGAAAAAUUGGUAUUUACAAAGCCUGCUUUGUAAGCAACACAAAUGUCCCGCACAAUUUCCACAUCUGGAAGAUCUCUUGAGUCUCCAUGUAAAUGCCUCUGAGAAGGGCUGCACUUAUAACAUGGGAUCUUAUUGAUGCAUAGGCCAGUGGGCAGGCUGGAACAAAUUUACAGCUGGCUAAAAACACGAAAGAGAGGGCUGGAGUGAGGACUGGGGAGGCGGGGAUGCUCAAGAAUUGGGAGAAGAGACAGGAGGGAAAUUUGAGACUGACAGAGGCCAACUCUGUUACAAUCCUUAAUGAAUGAAUACCCUUGGCCAACUGUGGCCAGGUUUGCAAAUUGAUGUUCAUGGGCAAUAUGCAGUUGGCAAACAUGUUUUAUUUGACCCACACAGUGUUGGAUUGCACAGUCUUCAAAACAAUUUUUGGCUUGGUUGCAAGAUUUUAAAUCAAGAGAUUUAACAUAAUCCAAGUUCUGACUGCUUUUUAAAAACUGGAAGAUCUUUCCCCACUGGGCCCUUCAUUCUUGAAGAGCAACAGUUGGUAAUUUUCUGAGUAACCCUUGCCUUCUUUUUACAAGCCUGAUCCUUCCAACCCACCAUCCUAUAGUCACCCCUAUACCUUGGCAGGAUAUAUAUUUUUUAAAUCACCUAAACUGACCGAAGAAAUAGACCCCAAAAAUAGGAUGACUCAAAUGCAGUAGAAGUUUAUUCCUCACUCACUUAAUGGUCCAUGGCAGAUGUUCUGUGAGGAGCUCUCCUCUAAGCAAUGAUUCUAGGAUCCAGGAUUCUUCCCUCUGGGGACUCCACCAUCCUUCUGGGGGCUCCAUGACACCUAGGGCCGCAAUACCGUCUGCAUCCAGUGGACAAUAUAUAGCAGAAACACACCUGCGUCUGUUGAAAGUAGCACGUAUUUGAAUCCAUUCACACCCCAUUGGUGAGAAUUAGUCACUGUAGUCUUUAGCUGGACCAACACCUCAGCCACAACUCUGUCAUUAAGGAAGGGCAGAAUGCAUUUUGGUGGAAAGCAGUCCAUCUCUAUCUUACGUGAUAAAGGUGGGGAGACCUCCUAAGGCACUGAAAUCAUAGGCACCCUUGGUGUUCCCUUGGCCAAAUUGUAAAUACACAGGAGAUUCUGGGACUUAAACCAGAUUCCAUCAGUUUCUUCCAGGUAUGGAUAUGUUACAGCAGAUCAUCUCCUUAGGCUGGCUUAUCUACAAACAGUGUGAAGAAGUGAAAUACUGCCAGAAACAGUGCCAGCGUCUGAGGAACCGGGUCUAUGGCCUGCUGCAGCUGCUGCAAAUGCUCCAGGACCAAGGGGACAGGCACCCAUCCGCUGAGCUAACCACUGUCCUGACCCGCUUCCAGGCUGUCCUACAGGAAGCUAAGGCAAGGAUAGAUACCUUCAGUGAUAAAUCCAAGGUCUGGAAGUUUGUAAAGGCAGUGCAUAACAAAAUACUCUUCAGGGACGUGAAUGAGAGUCUGAGGGACAUGGUGCAGGACCUCUCUCUGCUGCUUCAGGUGGAUCAACAGACGUUUACUUCAAACAUCAGCCAAAAAGCAGUCUGGCAACAGGAAGACCAGCAGGAUGCGGAGGAAGACUUGCAAGUCUUCCAAAGGCAGAGAACUGAAAAUGAAAUUAUAGAUGCUAUCUCAAGGCAAAUGGAAAGUAACAGGAAAAAUGUCAUCGAAAUUGUGAGACACUACUUAGCGAAAUCUUCCAUGAAGGAGAUCCCACAAGAUCAAAUCAAAGAGAUCAAUAAGGAGCAGCUUUCAGGAUGCAAAUGGAUCCUGCUAAGGGAAACAGAAUUCAGCACACUUUAUAAAGGAGAAUACCACAAAUCUCCAGUGGCCAUAAAAGUAUUCAAUAAACCCCAGGCCAGAAACAUUGGAAUAGUGAGGCAUACUUUCAGUAAUGAGAUCAAAGCCAUGAAGAAAUUUGAUUCUCCCAACAUCCUGCGUAUAUUUGGAAUUUGCAUUGAUGAAACAGUAAGACCCCCUCAAUUCUCCAUUGUCAUGGAAUACUGUGAGCUCGGGACCCUGAGAGAACUGCUGGACAAGGAGAAGGACCUCAUAUUUGCAAAGCGUAUCGUCCUGGCCCUGGGGGCAGCCAUGGGCUUAUACAGGCUGCACCAUUCGGAAGUGCCCGCACAGCUCCACAGAAACAUCAACAGCAUGAGCUUCCUGGUUGCAGGAGGCUACAAAGUGAAGCUUGCGGGAUUUGAGCUGAGCAAAACGCAGACUUCCAUCAGUCGACGAAGUAAAGGAAAAGAAGCAGAGGAAGUCAAUUUGUCAGCGUAUGUCUCACCUCAGAUACUGGAAAAUGUGUUUAAUAAAUAUGACACAAAAGCUGAAAUAUACAGCUUUGGAAUCGUCCUCUGGGAAAUCGCUACCGGGAAGGUCCCGUUUGAAGGCUGUAAUUCUAAGAAGAUCCACCAGCUGGUGGCUGUGAACCACUACCAAGAGCCUCUGGGUGAAGACUGCCCUCUCGAGCUGCAGGAGAUCAUUGUUGAUUGCCGGGCGUAUGAGCCCUCCCGGAGGCCCUCUGUUAAUGACAUCUUAGAGAAGCUGUCUGCCUUUCAUUAAGCUGUGUGUUGAAACCGAAACUAAGGAGUCCCUUGACAAGAAACUGGAAAAGGCACAAGUGGGCUUCUUUCUCUCUCACAUCCUUUGGCAUGGAGUCAUGUAUGAGUGCCAGGAGGCAGCACUUCUCUGUUACAAACAGAAAACAAUUCCAGUCAUCCCACUCCAAAUGAUAUUGUCAAAAAUACACCUUUAAUAUUGACUGUGAUAGAUGUUCUGUGAAAACGUCUCUCUCUGUAUCCACACCUCUUGGCAAUGUGACUUUUCAGCUCCUUCCAUCAAGAAGUGGAGUCUACUUUUCUGCUGUUUGAAUCUGGGCUGGCAUUGUGAUUUGCUUUGGCCAAUGGAAUUGUAGAAGUGACAAUGUGCUGGUUCCAAGCCCAGGCUUCAAGAGGACUUACAAACUUCCACUCCCUCUCUUGGCACCCUAUCCAGCCAUGAGCAAGCUAGUGUGGCGGAGGAUGAGAGACCACAUGGAGCAGAGACAACCUGUCCCAGCUGAGGCCAUACUACACCAGCCAGCCCAGCAGCUGUCACAUGAGUGAGUCCAGUCAAGACCAGAAGAAGCACACAGCUGUGCCAGUCCAAACUGCCCAUUCAUAAAAUCAUGACCUAACAAAUUUUGUUGUCUUAAGCCACUACGUUUUGGGGUGAUUUGUUACACAACAGUAAUAACAGAGCAAACACUAUUCAAUCCUUUCUGUUUCCCAUUGAACUAAGUACAAAUUACCCCAUUUGGAUAUCCCUGGCCUUAUAUCUCUCACCCAACUUCUUGUAUGAUGUCCCAGAGUUCUUCUACCAGACACUGCAAACUCUAUUGCCUAUAAGAUCUAGGAGGGAACCUAAAUGAGUGAGUUGGGCCUGGAGGGGACAUCUGCUCACAAAUGAGCUUUGUGAAGGACAGCCUCCACUCAGCUCCAGCCUAUUUUUAUCAUACAGGAAACAGAUCCCAAUGUUUCCAGAGGUUUCCAUUUUGUCAACAAAAAGCUGGAAAUUCACAUUUUUUCUGUAAACUGUCCACAUUUUUAAAGGUUGGUAUCUCAUUAAAAAUUACUUUAGAAGCAA